GCACAUCAAAUGCUCUUCAGGUGGAUGCCACUUGAUUAAAGGACAGCCUUAAUUUGUUCACCUAUUUCUACACUGAAAAAGAAGUUACAUGCAGUAUAUAUUUUAUUGACUAUAAAUUUUGGAAAACGGGCAACAGGAAAAUGCAUUGCAGCAGAACAAGCAAUUAAAACAGUGAACGCAACUGAAACGUAAGCUCAGGCUGAGGCAGAGACUGAGCAGCAGAAGGAGACAGAGACAGAGACGGAGAUAGAGACAGCGACAGAGACAGAGAUUGAGUGCACUGGGCAAGUGUCGACUGCUUGGACUGUCCCUGAACGCUGUGUGCUAAAAACCUAUUUUGAAUAAUUAAAAUUGUGUAAGUGUUGCUGCUGCUGUUGCAACUUUGGCAACAACAUCAACAACAACAACAACAAUGAUAUAAUUAAUUCAAUGCACCUGAAUACGGCAGCUUACAAACGAAACUCUUUCAAAUCCAAUUGAGUGCAACAGCCGCAAGAGCAGCAACCAACAACCACAAACAAAACAGCAACCAGAAGACGAAGAAGAAGAAGAAGAGGAAUAUCAACAACAACAACAACAACAGCAACAGCAACUUGAGACAGCUAUAAAAUGGCAGCAAUUAGCCAAUGCAAAGACAAGCGAAGACAUAUCCGCAACAGGACACAUCUGAGCGAUGUCCUGCGCCGCACUCUGCCCAUUGGCAUCAUCGUCGCGCUGCUGCUAACACAGCACUGGGAGAGCGCCAGCGCCCAGGGUCUGAUGGCCAAGCAUGAGCCGAUGUUCAUAUCACGUUCCGAGACAUUCAAAUUCAUUGCCGGAGAUAUAAUAGUUUUGCCCUGCGAGGUGGCCAAUACGGAGCCGUACGUGGUGGCCUGGAAGCGUGGCAUUGCCAUCUUGACUGCUGGAUCUGUUAAAGUGACGCCCGAUCCGCGCGUUCGUCUCGUCAGCGGCUUCAACCUGCAGAUACGCGACGCCGUGCCCCAGGAUGCCGGCGAUUAUAUUUGCCAAAUUGCAACGAUGGAGCCACGCGAAAUUACGCACACCGUCGAAAUAUUGGUGCCACCGAGGAUUCAUCACAUUAGCACCGGCGGACAUUUGCAAGUCAAAAAAGGUUCAUCAGUGCGCAUUGAGUGCUCGGCCUCUGGUAAUCCAACGCCAAAUGUGACUUGGAGCCGCAAAAAUAAUAUUUUGCCCAAUGGCGAGGAGAAGCUACACUCGCACGUCCUGUCCAUCGAGAAUGUGGAUCGUCAUAAGGGCGGCGUCUACAUAUGCACCGCCAACAAUGGCGUUGGCCAGCCCGCAUCCAGCCAGGUCGUCCUGCACGUCCUCUAUCCGCCAGAAAUCUCCGUGGAGCGUCCCGUUGUCUUCUCGGGCGAGGGACACGAGGCGAUGCUGGUCUGCAUCGUGCAUGGCGAAACACAGCCUGAGGUAAUUUGGUUCAAAGACACCAUGCAAUUGGACACCACCGAGCGGCACAUCAUGGAGAAUCGCGGCUCACGUCACACGCUGAUUAUACGCAAAGUGCAUCCGCAGGACUUUGGCAACUAUUCCUGCGUGGCCGAGAAUCAGCUUGGCAAGUCACGCAAAACUUUGCAGCUGAGCGGAAAACCGAAUGUUGCCGUUUUUAAUUCACCGGCAAUCAGUCAGUACAAGGACAGAUACAACAUUUCGUGGGCAGUCGACUCUCACACACCCAUCGAGGAGUACAAGUUGUCCUUCCGCAAGCUGCCACAAGGACAUGAGGUCGUUGACAAUGCCAUUGACUCGCAAUCCUCAUCGUCAUCGUCCUCCUCCUCCUCGAUGUCUUCGUCCUCGUCUUACGGCACCAGCAGCCACAAUCAUCGCAUCGGCAACAACUUGGCCAACUAUGGCGGCUAUGGCAAUCUGAUGCGCUGGGGCCACAACGAUUGGCGCGAUGUGGUGCUGCCCGCCUUCCCCCUAUCGCACCACUACGCCCAAGGCAUGAGCUAUAUGGUGCGCGGCCUGGAUCCCGAUCAGCAAUACGAGGCCACAGUGCAGUCCCGGAAUCGCUAUGGCUGGAGUGACUUGACCAACAGCUUCUUCUUCUCCACAUCAUCAAAUGAUGUGCUUGUCGAUUUGUCCACAUUCUUAAAUCACGGUCAGUCAGAUAACGAGAUGCGAGACCUGAGCGUGACUUUCUAUGGCAGCGGUGCGGUGAAUCGGCAGAAGUUGAGUCUGGUCACACUGAGCGGCGUUACGCUAAUGCUGAAACUGAUUCUCGCCUAGAUCGCUGAGCAAUUAGUUCUAGCAUUUGGAUUUAAGUAACGAAUUUCACCGCCAAUAGCAUUACAACAUGGAACGGGUUCUCUUCAUUUGGUUCGUAUAUGGAAGGGGGCGGGCAGUGGGCGUGCCCCUGCCAAAAUAAGUUAAACAAAACAAACCGAAAAGGAAAUAGCAACAGAAAGAAAAAACAACUGCUCUAGUUGUAACGUAGCUUAAGACAAGGUAAAAUAAAACAUUUUUCUCAAAACUCCAACUCAAAACUCAAAAAUCUCAAUUUUUGCAAUUUCUCAGAACAUUUCAAACAUUAAGCGAAAAACAAAAUGAAAACCAAAGAAACAAAAUGGAACCAUAUAUAGAUAUAUAUAUAUACGAUACAAUCAAUGUCAUAGCAUAAGCAACUGUGCAUACUAACACACACACCCACACCCACACACACACACACUCAUACAUAUAUCUAAAACAUUGUCGCACUCGAGAUUCCAGUGUAAAUAGAUUUUAUUGCAUACUUUUAGGCGUAGGUAAACCAAACACUGCACCAAAAGAAGUUGAGAACGCAUUAUAAACUUGAUGAAUUAUGAAUAUAAAAGAGACGCACAUACACACACAGCCAUACACACACAUAUGCGAAUACCCUUGCUUGAGUGUGUGCGUAACUAGCAUAUUGAGUAUAUCUAUCUAGCGUCUAGGCAACUAAAUAGUAUCUUGUAUGUGUUAAUGAAAUUAACAUGCCAGUGC